AUGGGACGAGCUUUACUGAAAAAUAAUCAGCAAAGCAAACAUCGGACUUCAACAUUGCGAAAAAUAAACGAUGGCGGAAUAUCUAAAGAACUUACAGCUGCCGAGAAACGGAAAAGGAUGAUUGAAGCUGGCACGAAAUAUGCGGCGCAGAAUCGGAAAAUCAAGACAGACUAUUCGACAGGAGCUCAUUUUAUGAAACUUAGCAUCAAGACAGUCCCAGGGUCAAGUAUUAAAAUUGGAUCACGCAAGAAUUCCUUAGCGUCUUUGAAAUUACAACGCAUUUCGUCAAGAAACAAACAAAUAGCUGAAACAUCUAGCAGUCAGAAAGCGAUUUGCAAAGACAUCCUUAAUCAUUCAGAUGCAAAAUGCGAAUCAAAGUCAUGUUUUGCAAAAGCGCCUCUGAAACCAAUCAAUGAAAUAUUUGAGCGUGAUGAUGCCGCACUGACAAGUAUUUUAAACAGAUGUCCUCAGAAUUCAAUUUCUGGAAGAGCUUCCAUCUUUCGUAGCCGUGAACGGCCAUCAUUAUUUCCUAAUGGAAUAAAUCCUUUGGACACGGCUGCCAUGAAAUUUGCUAAACCUUUGCCAUUGACUGCGUUAACUGCUCGCUCAUUGUCUAUGGAACCGAUCAUUUCGACAAAAGUUGAUUCGACGUCUAUUUUAGUUACACCGUCUUCAUCUGUUAUGAUGUCAAAAAGAACACCAGGAAAAACCGUUAGGUUUGAUGAAAGCGUUGAUUUCCGAAGUCCGAAAAUUGAUGUUUUCCCAGAAACUAGUGCUCCUAAAAUUGAUAAACCAUCUUCUUUGGAAACUACAGAUGAAAUGAUUUUGGAUUUAAGAGUGAAGUUCGAUAUCGUACUAGAAAAGCUGAGGAAUUUGCCAACACAUGUUUUUACCAACUUGGAAAAAGCAGUGCGUCAAAUUGCUUCUGAGAAAUCAAGAAAUGCUGAAAAAACAUGUAAUGGAUAUCCAUCCAACUCAACGUUGAAUUUAACAACAGAGUCGUCCUCAGAAUCUCAAGUGAAAGAAGUUUUGCCCAGUUCGUUAUCAAUGGAUUGCAUCGCCUCACGAACUAGACGAAAAAUAUCUCAAGUGUAUAUUAACCAGCAACAAGAAGUUAAGGGAGAUGAACCAACGCUUUCCGACAAAGUGCAAUCAGAUGAAUCAACAUUCUGA